AUGCGCCCGUUCGUGCUCGUCGCAUUUGUCGUCCUCGUUCUUGGGCAGACUUCCGGCCAACCACCUGCACCGGACGCAUCUUGCUUCCAGCCAAGUGCAGUCACCUCAGAUGACUGCUGUAAGAUGCCCAAGCCGGUCGAAACAGCAGUGAUGGAGAAGUGUGUCGCAAACAAUCCCCAGCUCGGUCAAAUGCCAGCCCCGGGUGUCCCUAGGACGGAGGGUUGCUGCAUCAUGCAGUGCACCAUGACGGAAAUUGGUGGAUUCGUAAACAACGCCCUCAAUGUCGACGCGAUCCGGAAAGCGAUGGCCACUACGAUCGGAGCGGACGCCAACUUAGCUCCACUCGUAAACGGAGCGAUUGACACCUGCGCUCAUCAGAUCCAGAGUGAUCCGGCCUUUAAUGUGGCGCCCGUGUCAUCCUCACCAGAUCGACCAGGUUGCAGUUUCAUACCUCAGGGUUUCGUCAACUGUCUUCUCUCCUCGGUGUUCAAGAGUUGUCCAGCUCCCCUGUGGACUGACAGCAGCGAUUGCAAGGCGCUCAAGACCAAGCUCGAUGGUGGGUGUCCCUUCUUCCUGCUGAUGGGCCGUGGACCAAAGAACUAA